UUACAUGUUUGCGAGUAUACAUGCCAUGAGUCAAAGUGCUUAACAGAUCCUAAACACAAUGUUUGAUCGAUAAUCAUUGUUUAAAGAUGCACUCUUACUACCAUAUAAGAAUUGCCUCACAUAAUACAAUUGUUUUAAUAUACCAAAAUGGAUGAAUAAAUGUGUAAAACAAUGGUUCUUAUGAAGGAUACCGAGUUUAAUUUCAAAGAAAGGUUUCAACAUGGCUGUGUGUAAGGCAAACAUGCUUUUUGUGAUACUAACAAGUUACACUGUGCUGUUAAACCGAUGCGCAAAUACCAAUGAGUUGUUGAUGCAAACAUUUUCAAAAGUGUUAUCGCUUGAUAACGAAUUCAGAAAGUCACAUGCCUCGCUUGAUGAAAGAAUGGAUAAACUGGAGAUAAAACUCGAGAACUCGCUGUCUGCUUUGCAAACGCAGUUAGCGGAAGGACUGGAACGUAUUACAGAGACACAGAAAAACUACGAACCCAAACUAGGUGGAAUUACAAAUAAUUUUCAGUCGACAAUUUCCAACACCGUGACGCAAAUGAUGAAGUCCCAAUACACUGCAAUAAAUACUGCGAUGAAGCAAGAAAAAGUGGCUUUAAUGAGUUUGAAAACUGAGAUGAAAAACCAUAUGAAAAAAAUAGAUGACGAGUUUCAAAAUGCACAAAGCAGUUUGGAUGAGCGUUUGGCAAAUCAAACAAACGCAAUGGACAAUAAGCUUGAAAGACAUUCUAAAAUUUACAAGUCGUCAUCCGAUUCGAUUAUGUCAGAUUUAAGGAGUCUUACGAGCCGCGUAUCCUCAAUCGAAAACAUGCUUCCAGUGGAUGGCCAAUGGGCAAACUGGAUGGGAUGGACGAAGUGUGACACCCGAUGUAAGACAGGACAAUGGUAUCGUUUAAGGGAGUGUAACAACCCUGCCCCGCUAUACGGAGGCGCCAGUUGUCCCGGAGAGGAUCUAGAAAUCCGAGUGGACGGACAAUGGGGAAUUUGGAUGGGAUGGACGAAUUGUGUCACUCACUGUGAGAAGGGUAAACAAUUUCGAACAAGAGAAUGUAACAAUCCCGCCCCGCGACACGGAGGCUCCAAUUGUACAGGAUAUGGAACAGAAAUCCGAGCUUUUGCUGACUGUUCGGAAAUAAGGCAGAACUUAGGCAGUGUGCCCUCUGGCGUCUACCAUAUCACAACAUGGAAAACAAACCAACAUGCGAAAGUGUUCUGCGAUAUGGAUACCGAUCAAGGAGGCUGGACAGUGUUUCAACAUCGUGUGGACGGAAGUGUGGAUUUCUACCGUAACUUUUCCUCAUACGAGAAUGGGUUUGGAUCUCUGCAAGGAGAAUUCUGGUUGGGUCUCAAAUUGAUGCAUGAGAUGACAUCCCGGACAGCACAUGAUUUAAGAAUUGACAUCACACGCGCCAAUGACAGCACCGCCUAUAUCGUAUACGCUGACUUCAGUGUGGGAGCCGGGUCUAAUUAUACCUUACAUGUAGGAGAUGCACUGUCAGAAAGGGGACUUGCAGUGCUUCCGAAUGGGCUUCAGUUUAAUACCUAUGCAAACGGUUCUGCCUUUACCACAUUCGACCAUGAUAACGACCGUUGGGGCAGUAAUAAUUGUGCCGUUUACCAUCAUGGAGCAUGGUGGUACAGAGCCUGCACCUAUAGGGCGAACCUGAAUGGCUUGUACUACACACCCGGAACUUAUGUCAGCAUCAGAAACCACACCGCUAUGACAUUUGAUAGUAACGAAUCUUUAAAAACCAGCAGAAUGAUGUUCAGACCUUCUGUGUAGUCAUCGUUUGACCAACUCGUGCUUUUCUUUUUCUAGUUUAUGUAUUAUUUUACAUUCAAUUAAGAAUGGUUCUACACAAAUGAUUAAGGGGCAAAUAUUUCAUCAAAUUUAACAAGUUUAUCAGGUUAUAUUUGUUUGUUCUUAAUAGUUCUAAAACUGCACUUGCACAGAUAAAACUUUUUUUUCAAGUUGUUUUGCACAGAUACACCAUUUUUUACAACUUGUUUUGCACAGAUACACCAUUUUUACAACUUGUUUUGCAAAGAUACACUAUUUUUACAACUUGUUUUUUUAUUGUUUGUCUUGGAAAGAGCAAAUAUUUGCUUAAAUACCUGCAAACCAAUGAUAGGAGAUUGCUAACAAAAGAUAAGAUCGUAGAUUUUUAUAUUUUCGUUCGAAAAUCAAUGUUUUGAGGCUUAAAGCGUUACUUACGGUUUAAGAAAAUGCACAAAACAAAAACUAUUGAACUUAAAUAUCAAAAUCUGCUAUCUAAUUUUUGUCACCAGUCUUAUAUACAUGGUUUUCAAGGAUUUUCGCAAAAGAUGGCACGAUCCCAGACUAAAACAAGUGGUCGAAACGUUCAAUCCGUGAGAGUGCAGUUUUGUACAAUGACAGGUGUGACUUCAUAUUGCCACGUGUGUAUUUAAACGUUCAAUCUGUGAGAGUGCAGUUUUGUACAAUGACAGGUGUGACUUCAUAUUGCCACGUGUGUAUUUAAACGUUCAAUCUGUGAGAGUGCAGUUUUGUACAAUGACAGGUGUGACUUCAUAUUGCCACGUGGGUAUUUAAACGUUCAAUCUGUGAGAGUGCAGUUUUGUACAAUGACAGGUGUGACAUCAUAUUGCCACGUGUGUAUUUAAACGUUAAAUAUGUAAUACCAAUAUGGUUGAAUCAGAGUAUAACUUUUGUGCAGUUGUCCUUUGUUUACUGACCUGAGAACUAAAUAUAUCCUGAUUUAAUCUAUGAACACUAUAAAUAAAUAUGUAUCAUCAUGUCUAGUACUAAUAGUGGGAAUAUUAGAAAUCUUUCAAAAUUUAAUCCCAUGACAAAACGUACUGAUGCUUUUGCUGUCGUUUCUUCUUUAUUUCAUGCAAUUUAUUGCUUUAUUCAUUUGAGAUACAGUAGAAUCCCGUUGGCUUGAACGCACACGGAUCGGCGUAAUUACCUCGAGCCUCGGUAAAUUCGAGCCAAGCGGGAACGCUUACCUUUUGUAUAAAUACAUCGGUCUUUUUACAUCUCAUUCAAGCCAACGAGGAAUUCGAGCCGAGCGACCUCGAGCAAACGGGUUUCGACUGUUUAUAAGUAGUUUGUAUAUACUUGUCAGAUAUUAAUAUGUUUACUUUUUUUUCUUUUGUAUCGCCAUAUUUGUAUACAUUAGGCUGGUUGUGUUUGGCAAAAGGCGUGUAUUUGCUGCUAUUGCCACUAGCCUGAAACUGAAACUGUAAAAGCAUUGAGCGAUUGAGGUCUGACGUCACUAUGUUCUUUUGGAAAAGCAACAUACUUUUCCUGUAUGAAAAUCAUUGGCUUGAUUUAGAACCUAUUGUCAUAAACUCCAUGCUGAAAUUAUUUGUUUUCUUGGUGUCGUAGAAAUACCGUCAAUGUUUAUUUCUAUAAUCUGAUGGCAUCGGAAAAUGUUACCCAUAUUAAAUCCACUGCUAUUAACGUUCAUAAACUCAUGUUAGCUAUAGAUUACACUUAACUUUUUUAACCAAAAGACAGAACUCGUAUUUAGUUACAUAUAUGCAUUUUUUAUAUUUGAUUUUGCACUGUAACAUGUGUUAUGGGCUGGAGGCCUUUUAUUGAAUACACUUUCGUUCGUUCGUUCGUUAUAAGAGUAACUGGUGGCUGUAAAUUUUAAUAAAUUAUAAAGGUCAAUAUGUAAACAGCUGAAAAUAAAUGUUCGCUAACAUGCGAUAUCUGAAAGUAAUCCCUUUCAUUUUGUAUUAUUUUACAUGUUUUUGUACUAUGUAUUAUUUCUUAUAUUUAGGAUGUGUGUAGUCAUUCUCAUAAAUAUAUAUGUUGGAUGAAGGCUUUUGUUCCGUUUGUAUCACCAGUUGCUGUUUUAAAACAAAACAAAAACAUCUUAGUGACGUAGUGAUUUAUUUAAAAAAAAAUUGAAUUCGACGAAAAUGUUUUUCCACCAGAAAUGUGUACAAACCCUUCUAGAAUAAAAAAACGACUCAAUGGAAACGCGAUAAAUACCAAUUCCAACAUGUUGAUGAAUGUAAAAAUUACUUAAGUGUUACUUUUGAAUGAUUAUCUAAUAACUAUCUUGAACGUGUAUAAACUUUUUUUCGUGGCGUAAUGUUGAUAAACAUUGGCCUUUGUGAAUUUUUAUUUUGCAAACAUAAUUGGUCGUUGUUAUGUAGCAACAUUAAAUCGAUUACUUUUA